UUUUUCACAAGCUGUGGUGAACUACCAUGUCGGAGACACCGCCGCCGCCGCCGUCUCCAGCUGUGCUAGUCGACGAUGACUUGGGGUAUGUUGGAGAAGCUCCUCCGACCAGAUUGCGCGAAGAAAGCUCUCCACCACCUCCACCUCCAUCAGAGACCCCGCCUCCACCACCUGACCUUUCAUCGUCGGCAAAUCCCAACGAUACACUGGACGACGCAUUCGAAUCAUCGCACGAUCUUGUCAGUCGGGUGGACGAGCUAGAGGGCGUAAGUCGACUGGCGGUGAGUCUCAUUUACACGUCUGGUUGGAUGUGCAUGAUGCGAAGCGGAGUGUAACUGGAGUACGUUCAGAGUGUGAAUUUGAGUGUAACAUCGUCGCCGCCACCACAGCCACCACAACCUGCGAUAAGUCCCCCAGCAUCUCGAUGGCACUUGGGUCUGAUUGAGAACUACACUAUCAUCGACAAGGUCGGUUCGGGCACAUACGGUGAAGUGUACAAAUGCCAACACAAAAUCACCAAGGACAUCGUCGCGCUCAAGAAACUGCGCCAGGACGUCGAGAAGAACGGGUUUCCUGUGACGUCGAUUCGCGAAAUGAAGAUCCUAAAGCAACUAAAGCACCCGAACAUUGUCGAGCUCAAGGAGAUCGUGUCGAAGCCAGAUCCGCCGAAAGACGGCAAGAAACCACCCUUGUACUUUGCAUUCGAAUACAUGGAGCACGAUCUGUCGGGGCUCCUCACCCACGAGAAGGUCCCGAAAUUUUCCCGAACGCAGAUACAAUGCUAUAUGCGCCAGCUUUUGUACGGCAUUGCGUUCAUGCACGGCCAGAAGAUUAUGCACCGCGAUAUCAAGGCGUCCAACCUCCUCCUCAACAACGCGGGCAUGCUCAAGAUUGCCGACUUUGGCCUCAGUCGGUACUGGACCGAGGCAAAUGCGCGCAGUGGCCGCUACACAAACAAAGUGGUCACGCUCUGGUAUCGCCCACCCGAACUCCUCAUGGGUAGCACCUCGUACGAUUACUCGAUCGACAUGUGGUCCGUCGGGUGCAUCUUUGCCGAGCUGUUACUCGGCCGGGCACCGCUGCAAGGCCGAAACGAACUCGAGCAGUUGCAAUGCAUUUACGGGUUGGUGGGGGUUCCAACCAAGGAAAACUGGCCAACGUACGACAAACUGCCGAACGCGAACGUAUUUACACCGGAUGCCAAGCACGUGUGUCUAUUGGCCGAGCGCUUCAAAGAAUUUCCAAGCACUACGGUCGACUUGUUGGCCAAGAUGCUGACGCUGGACCCUGCGCAACGCAUCACGGCGCUGGAUGCGCUGGACCACGAGUACUUUUGGAAAACGCCCACGUGCAAACCCAAGGAUUUGCCCAAGUUUCCCGUGGCGUCGACCCACGAGUACCAGUCGAAGAAACGUCAUGCAGAAAAUCAAAAACUGGCGCCCCCUGCGCCACUGCCACCCGCGACAACCUCCUCGCAGCCACACAAUCCCCCUUCGGCCAAGCGCCCUAUGUUGACGCAUCCACACGGGGGCAGUACCAGCCAUCAUGUCUCGACCAGUUCGAGCGGAAGCCGAGAUCACCACACCAGCAGAGGCGGGUCGUCCAGUCACCAACCGACCUCGAAUCACUCUCACCACCAUCACCAAUAUCAUCACCACCACCACCACGGUGGCAGCAGAGAUGGUUACCGUGACCACGGCAACUAUGCAAGCGACGGGCGCCCUCUGCAGCGCUACAACCUGCACGAAGAUACGAAACGUCGCCAGCGCCGCAGCCAGUCCAGGGAACAUCCUCCACAGCAUUGAUAAUGCUACCCACGAGAUGUAGCAGCAGUCGAUGGUUCGGCGGCGUAAACCGAUGGGAACGAAAGAAGCUGGCACUCGUGGCACCUUUUUUCCAAAAGUUUUGCCCUAAUUAGCUGCUUGCUUGUCAUUUAAAAGCAUUUAAGGAGUAAGUCCAUUAAACAAGUAUAAAUGUUUUGAUUGGUGAA